AUGAAUACAUCAAGACAUAUGUCAAGGGUAGCAAAAGCGUUGGUUGAAGAAAAAGGUCUACUUUCAGUACCUGAAUCAAAAUUAGGGAGAAAAAUUGCAGAUCAAGUGAAAUUGAAAGUUGAAAAUUUUUAUAAUGAUGAUGAGUACAGUGCUCCGAUGCCAGGUAUGAAAGAUUUUAUUUCAGUUCGAAAUGAUGAUGGUAAUCGAGUACCCGUCCAAAAAAGACUUGUCCUGUCUAACUUAAAAGAAUUAUACCAAUGUUUUUGGGAAAUAAACGCUGCAGAGAAAAUUGGAUUUUCGAGAUUUGCUUCUCUGCGACCUAAAUAUUGUGUGUUAGCAGGGGCAAGUGGAACACAUACCAUCUGUGUCUGUACGAUCCAUGAAAACGUUAAGUUAAUGAUGCUUGGUGCGAAUAUUCAUUCUCUAACAAGAAAUACAGAUAUAUCCAUUACACACUAUAGUGAUUGUUUGAGUUUGAUUGUAUAUUGUAAUAAUCAUGAUGCCGUUGCCGUACAUGUUUUUAUCAAAUUAAUAACUGACUAUGUGAAAAGUCUUCCUGAACGUUGUAACAAAAUUUAUUAUUUUUCUGACGGGGCUCCUCAACAAUUUAAAAACUUUAAAAACUUCGUAAAUUUAUAUUAUCACGAAGAGGAUUUCGACAUUCCUGCUGAAUGGCAUUUUUUUGCGACAGCCCAUGGCAAAGGUCCAUGUGAUGGUAUUGGUGGUACCAUUAAACGAUAUGCAGCAAGAGCAAGUCUCCAACUUGCGGUUGACAAACAAAUAACAACGCCUGAAGAACUCUUUGAAUGGACUUCUGAUCCGGACAACUUGCCAAACAUCAUAACUAAGUUUUCCCCAGAAGAGAAUUAUAAAACAGCAGUAAAUGAUUUAAAUGAAAGAUUUUUAAAAACAAAACCGAUCACAGGAACUCAACAAUUACACUGUAUAAUUCCAGACAAAAAUGGUUUUUUGUACAUUAAAAACUUUUCAAAUUCCAACGAGCACAAAAUUUGUAAAAUAUUUAAACACCAGAGACGUAAUUAA